UAGCAGCACCACAGACCACACUGUGCACGUGGCUGCCCGACAACGUCCCUUAAAAAUAAUCAUGGCAUCUUUAAAACCGAGAAGAAGACAUGGGGUUGGUGAAGCAGGACUCAAAGCUUUAGAUGCUGAAAUGCAGCGGACAUUUAGUAUGAAGAUGGGGCAAUUAAAACGAAUGAAACGUGAUAUUCAUGAAGAUGAUCCAAACUCUGGCGUCGUUUAUGUCUCUCAUAUUCCUCAUGGUUUCUUUGAACCUCAAAUGAAAAAGUUCUUCUCACAGUUUGGCAACAUCAAGAGGUUACGACUCAGCAGAAGCAAAAAGAGUGGAAGAUCAAAGGGGUAUGCUUACAUCGAAUUUGAAUAUGAUGAAGUUGCAAAGGUGGUGACUGAGACGAUGCACAACUACCUGAUGUAUCAGAAGCUUCUAAAAUGUUUCUAUGUUCCUAAAGACAAGCUCCAUCCUGACACGUUCAAGGGUUGUUUCCAUCACUUCAAGAGCCCCCGAAGACGAGAGAUUGCAGCCUCCAGAAACAAUAGCUUGUUAGAGAGUGGGAAAGAUCAUAUCUUGGAGAGCCAGAAGCGGAGAGUGAGAGGUCUCAACAAGAAACAGAAGAAGCUUCAGGAGUUAGGCAUUGACUUCAAAAUAGAGGGUGUGGAUUCCGAGUGGAAACGGCUGCAAGAGUCACUGCCUCCUGCUCCAAAGUUGGUUCCCCCUGUGAAGGCUUCAAAAGUAACAGCAAAACCACCAUCCAGAUCAAGAAAACCUGCUGCUAAGCAAGAACAAAAAGAAAAUGCAAAAAGAAAAAUGUCCAAGCCUAAAACAAGUACAGAAAAAUCAACAAAUUCCAAAUCCAAGAAGAAACUGGAUGCUGAUUCUGAUGAUGCCACAAAGGUAAUAUUAGCAGUCCCAGCAAAGAAAAGGAAACAAGAGAAAGAAGGACAAACUAGCACAGAAAAAAGGAAAGUUAUUAAAAAGACUGAAAGCAAAGACAUUCCUGAAGGAAAGGUUCAACGGAAAGUUAAAAAGGGAGCACAAAGUGCUAAAGUGUCUUCAAAAGUGAGAGCAGCUAAAGGUGUUAGGACUGCUGGAAAGAAGAGCAAGAGAUUGUCUUUAUAAUUAUGAAAAUAUGAUAGAUAUUGAUGAACACUGUAAAUCAAGAACCAUUCAUAUGGAAUGAGUCACAGAAAUUCAGGUUACUGUGAUAGAUUUUUUCCUGUUGUAAUAUGUCUCUUUUGAACAUGGUAAAAAUUUUGUCCUUUCCGUAAUAUCAUAUGAAAAAAAAUUAAAGGCCCUGUCACAUUUAUUUGGUGUCCAGCAGAAUCAACCGAAAUGAAAUGACUGUUGUUGGACCACCAGCUGGUCAAAUUUUUUCCCCACUAUGCAGCUCUAUCAAUGCAUUCAAUAUGUUUUGAAUGCUGCAGGUAUAUUGUAGGAAUAGUUAGUGCAUUCAGAAUGCAGUAAGAAUAUACUUUGGUCACUUUUUCGAUAUUCUUUCCGCCUCAAAUGCACCUGAAAAUCAUUUGGGACAGCCACAUGAAUGGGCUCGAAUAAUAGUAUGCACUCAGAAUGCAGUGAGAAUUGCUAGAAUGCCCCUCAAAUAACCCAAGAACAUAGCACAGAUUUCCAUCUAACACUUAUGCUUCUCAUUUUACCCUUGCAUGUGACUAGUUUGUGAGGAGUGGGCUGGUCAGUAUUUGUACUCCAGUUGGGUGAAUUCACCUCCCCACCCCCCCAUCUAAUUUUUUUUUUUUAAUUCCAUUUGAUUUUGCUCGAUUCUUGCUGAUUCCAAAAUAAGUGUAAUUGGGCUUGUAUGAGGGGGUAGACACCUAAACUAUAUGUUUUGGUUACUCAUUUUCAAUAGUAACAAUAUCAUGUCAAUGAGUUCUUCAAAACUAAUAUUUGACUGUGAAUAAAUGAUAUACAAUCCAUCAAUGGCAUAAGUGGCAGUGCCAAGACAAUUUAAUAAAGGGACAAGAGGACCCAAAGGUGUCAUUUUGCUCUUACUGAGAAAGGGUUAUUUUAUAAUUUCAUAACCAAGCCCUAUCAUUUCAAUCCUCUCAUCUCCUUUUUCUUUUUCACCCUUCUAAUUUAGUUUUAUUUUUGAUCACUUGAUGAAUCAUAGUCGGGGCAGAUGUCCCUACCCUUCUGUUUACACUGCCCCCAGUAGGUAUAGUUUAGAGCUUACAAAAACAAGCAACUUGAUUUAUAUAAACUGCAUUUCCUCUGGAGCCAUCAUAGGUGUAUAUUUGUGUUCAAUAACAUUGCACCAAAUUCACUCAAAUAAGUGUUAGUCUAAGAGUUAAAAAUACUGAGUUUAUGAGCAUGUCCUGCAUUAAACCUCCAAUCUUGUAUGUAAUGAGGACCUAGGUCCUAGCUGGAAGGCGGAAUGUCCUGGUUUUAUAAUUGCUUAUAGACUCCACAGGGACUUGAACCCGGGAUGACCUUAUUAAAAGGCACAUGCACCAUGGCCAGUAAAAAAUAUCCGUUUGGCUAUCAUUAUCAAUGGUGUGUGCGAAUUUCAAAGAGCAAAAGAACUUGAAUAAUUUUAAAAAUUUCCUCCUAAGUGAGAGAAAAUGUUGAAAUGAAAGAGACCAUAAAGAAUGGAUGACAUUUUUGAGAACCGAAGGUUUGAAAACAAGUCAUCAUGAGUGAUGAUAGCCAAAUGGAGUAUAGAUCAUUGUAGAAGACAUUUACUCUAAAGUCAUAAUCAAAUUCAUGUGUAAUUGAUAGUACAUGAAAUAUUUAUUUUCAUUUUAUUUCAAAUACAUUGUCAAUUUACAUAGAACAAGCCAUCCUUCAGUAGUUAUAAUGUACAUAUUGUAAAUAAUGUAUUGUACAUCUCAGCAACUUAAAGAUAAUUCAGUUCAAAUUGAAAAGUUAUGCAAUGAAUAGAUAAAUACUUUACUUCAGCAAUCCACAUGUAAUGUUACCUGUUACAUGUAAUCCUCAUUUCCUUCUUUGGGUAAUCAGCCUGCGUGCAUGCCUUGUUGAUCCAAGCUUAACAUAAGUAAUCUUUCAUUGCAUUUCAUUUUGAUUUGGGGUGAAGACAAAUGCUUGACCUUUGUACUCUGCAUUUCCAAUUAGAUUUUAUCUUCUAUGUAAGUCCUUUACCCCCUUUUGAGAUAAAUGAAAUAUCAUUUCUCAAGCUCUCUUAUUGCAAGCACAUCUGUAUACAGCACACCAUAUAUUAUCCUUGAAUGAUUUACAUGUAUGGUAAAAAUAGGAACUCAUGUACAAUUUAGUGUUCAUAAGAAAUCAAAUUUCAAAAGAUGCAUAUUUGCAAUAAAAAAUGUAAUUGUAAAGAAAACUA